GCCAGCCAGCCAGCCAGUCAGUCUCCCUCGGGCAGUCAGAGGAGGAGGGUGUACAGUUCCUCCCUCCACCGCACUUCAGAGGACACCCAAACCUCCCCAGUGUUACCGUGCGAUUUUUGCCGCUGCGGUAACCAACUGACACGGCGAUGCGAGAUUUGAAUACGGGUUAAUGGGGGCAAAUUUAAAGCCACUAAGCCAUUGAAUAAGCCAGUGAAGUGAAGUUUACGUACGUGAUGUGUCCGUGUACGUGAUUUGAGAGGCCUAGUGUGUACGUAAGGAAAAGUUUAGUCCCCGUGCGUAAGAGGGAUACAAGAACCGUCCGUGUUCGUGAUAGCGUAAACUAAUCACUGUCUCGUAGCGUCACUGUCCACUAAGGCCGCGAGUGUGACGGUGGUAGUGAGAGAGUAAGAGUGAUUGUGAGAGUGAAGGAGAGUGAAGGAAGGAGAUGUGAUUUACCUGUUAUGAUCCUUUCCUUGCCCACAAACACAGCCCUGGAAAACUAUGUCCAGGCGGGCGGCAUGGGCGGCGGCAGCUGGGUCAACAGUGGGGGGGAGUGGGCGGGGGAGGGCGGGGAUUGUGACUGGCCGGCCCCUCCUUCCUUCAACCUCCCCCCGCCACCACGCCUACCCCCGUCCCCUGAACAGCCCUUCCUCGCCCCCGUGGACUGCGAGGCGCCCCUGACCUGCCCGAGCAUCCUGGGGGCGCGGGAGGACCAGCGGCCUGGGGGGGGAACGCGCGCCCCCAUAGCGGUGGUGGUGGUGUCGGCGGCAACGUUGGUGGUGCUGGUGGUGGUCGCCGCUGUUAUUGUGUGUAGGUUGCGUGGGCGUGGGCGCGCUCCCAAGGGCUGCACGGAGCUGAGCGGCGCCAUUAUUUACGAUGACCUCCCCUCGGCGCCCUCCAUCGUGCCUGCCCGCGGGCGCACUAGGUUCAAGCCGGUGCCCGUGGACGGCGAGAUGGUGGGCAUGACCAUGGGCGUGCACCUGUACACGCCUGAGCCGCGCAGCAACGCGCCCUCAGAGCACCUUUACCAGAGCAUCUCCUCAGGCAGUGAGACGUGCAGCUACAGCACCAGCGAGGCGGCGGCUCACGACGGGCGGGCGCUGCUGCGGGGGGCGCGGCACCCCCCGCGCGUGCACGCGGCGACGCUGACAGACACGGACAGCGAGGAGGAGCCCCUGGCCGCCCUGGGCGUGCUGGACCCUAGCGACACUGACACCCCUUCCCCCUCCCCCGCCCACGUGCGCUACUACUGCCCGUCUGCACCGCCCCUCGCCCGCUCCCCAGGCCCAGACUACGAGAGCGUGUACUAUGUGGGCGGCGCUAGGCGUGGGCGCCCACAUACCCCCCAGCAGCGUGGCCUGCCCCCCCUGCCCUCCCGCACCGAUAGGUUCCGUACCUACUUCUCCGUAGAGCGUGGCCACCACCGGCGGCCGCGGCGGCGCCCACAAGACCGCCGCCACAACCUGCACCACAGCCACCCGCCAGAGGCAGAGCCACUCUACGAGAACCUUACCUAGUGACGCCCGCAACCCACGCCCUCCCCCCACACCACCUAUCCACCGCCAACCGUGUGUGGCUCCACCCCGCCCCGAGGCCACCCCGCCGGGCAAAGGGUGACGCGGCCAGCGGUGACGUGUCCGCGUGUGUGCGCGUCAGUACGAGGAGCGGGCCCUGUGAUCUCAGGUGUGUGACAGCCAGGUGUGUCGGCCCCAGCGACUCCCCGUCAUCCCCCUUAUCCCCGCCGCCCCCCCUUUGACUCUUUUGUGUGGCGCAGGGACGCCGCGCUGCCCGGGACGCACCGACAGAAGCCACUCGCGCAAAGCUCACUACUCCCGCCCUGAGGCGAUACCCUUAGUGUGCGGGGCGGGGCGGGGUGGGGCGGGGCGGCACACGGCCAGUGAAGCGUAAGGCGGAGCAGCGGCGGCGCUGCGGCAGCAGUGAGGCGAUGAGGCGUCACGUGAUACGCUGAUACAAUGAACCGAACCAAACGUGAGCCAAGGAAAGCGGCGAGGUCACGGGAGUCCUGAAGCGCGCGUGUCUCGCGUGACCUUACAUUGAACACAAACCCAGGGAGCCAGUGACCAGUGCGCCACCUCGCCAACCACCGCCGUCGCCACGGAGGCCGGCAGACAGUGGCGCUCCCGAGCCGCGCCUCUCCGUCAGUGUGAGUGUGAGUGCGAGUGUGUCCCCGCCGGGGUAAUCACAGGUGGGUGAUUGCAGGUGCUUAAUUGGCGGCGGUGCGCGGGAUUCACCUGGCUGCCGGAAAUUGCAGGCCAGGUGUGACGAGGACCUAAUCUAGUCUUCAGAACGUCCUUUAACUCUCACUCACUCACUCACUCACUCACUCACUCACUCACUCAGUCAUCGUAGCUCACAGUAACAACACUAAACCAUUCCACUCACUCAUUUCAACAUCCUUUUUCCUCAUCACUCAUAUGUUUGUAUUUCAUUAUAUUACCAUUCAAACAUUCAAUUGUUCAUUCUUCUCUGAUUCAGUCCACAAAUAUUCCUUUGCUUCACUAUUAUAUGAACCAAAUGUAUCCCUAACACAUGUACUACGUUAUUUUGUAUAUUUUACUGAUGUUAUUUCUGUUUAUUCAAUGUCAGUCUUACCAUUCACCCUUUGCUUCACUCGACUCACCAGUGGACUAUUGCCUUCUCCUUUUCAUCAACAGAAUAUUUUGACUGACUUAUUUUCUGUAUUUCAUUUGUACCAUUCCUUCACAUUUCCUUUUAGUAUUAAAGAUCAUCCACUUGGCUUAAUCAUUCCACUCCUCCACCUUGUCUUACGUGUACAUUUCACUAUAACAGGUAAGGCUCUCUCUCCACUAACUAAAAUCCACCUUGAUAACUUCCACAUAAACGCUUCAAAGAUCAUCCACUUGGCUUAAUCAUUCCACUCUUCCACCUUAUCUUACCUGUACCCUUCACUAUAACAGGUAACGCUCUCCACUAAUAAAAAUCCACUAGACCUUGAUAGCUGACUUCAAAAUGCUUUAAAGAUCAUCCACUUGUCUUUAUCAUUCCACUCUUCCACCUUGUCUCACCUGUACACUUCAUUCUAACAGGUAAAACUAAUUAAUUAAACUCCACCUUGAUAACUAACCACAAGAUGUUGCAAAAAUCAUCCACUUGUCUAUCAUUCCACUCUUCCACCUUGUCUCACCUGUAUACUUGAUUCUAACGGGUAAGGCCACUAAUUAAAAUCCACUUAGAAAUGAGCUGCAGUACUUUAGAAAGGCUCAUCCACUUAUCUCAUUCCACUCAUUCACACUUCACCACUUGAUAAUUUGAACAGGUGAAAACUAUCCACUAAUUGAAAUCCACUUGGGAAUCUUUAUCUUAAAAUUUUGUUAGCAUUUCACUUUUUCCACUUUUUCCACUUUUUUUCCACUUUUUCCACUUUUUUCCCACUUUCCCACUUUUUUUUUCCCAUUUUUUCACUUUUUUCCCACUUUUUCUACUUCUCUCCACUUUUCUCCACUUUUUUCCCACUUUCCUCCACUUUUCUCCACUUUUUCCCACUUUCUCCACUUUUUUCCCACUUUCUCCACUUUUCUCCACUUUUUCCCACUCUCCACUUUUUUCUCCACUUUCCUCCACUUUUCCCACUUCCCACUUUUUUCCCACAUCACUUUUUCCCCACUUUUUCCCAUUUUUCUCCAUUUUUCCUUUUUUUUUUCUUCCACCUGUCCUUUCUAUAGCUCAGUGGUCAGGUGGAUGUGUCGUGUCUUAGUGAGUGUUUCUCCUGCUGUGUCGUGUCAGCCUUGUGUCGUGUCAACAGGUGUGUCCCUCGUUAACAAGGUCACCUGGGGCUUGUCUCUCUCUCACCUGCACUAAAUUAAUCAUGUUUUUUUUCCCUUUCUUUUUUUGGUUUAAUUAUUUUUUUUUCUUUUCUUCAUUUAUUUUUUAUUUUUUUUUUUUUUUUUUUCUUGAUUUUGUUCAGAGUUUUGUUUUUU